AUCCAUUUCCAUGAAUACCACAGACAAAAUUGUUCGACUACGACACAAUCUAAAAUGUCAUGUUCGAAUUCAUUUUAAUGAUAAAUAUCCGGUAGACAUCAAUGAUUUGUUGUUUUCUGUUCAGAGGGAUUUACACGCGGUAGCUUUUUUAAAUCAAGGAAAUGUUCGUACAAUUUAUGAUGGAAAAGUAAUAGACGUGUAUUCUGAACCUGUGCAAGGACAUGCAUUGGUAGAAAUAGGUCGAAAAUUUGUACAACCAAAAGAACCGCAAGAUGAAGAGGAAAAAGACCUGAAGCCAACGUUGGAACUUCAGUAUCAAGGUUCAAUGUCAAACAAAAUCAUUCAUGUCGCUAUAAAGGGCGCCUUUUCAUCUUCGUCUUGAUCCGGACCGGAAAUCUAGAUAUGAUUUUUAUAGCAAGAACAGAACGUAACUCUUGAAAAAUAAAAAAUAAAAAAUAAGGAUUGAACGAAAACAGAAUGCCUACUGCCUUUUUGUAGUUUUAAUGGCAUGUCAUAUCACUACUUAACAAGAAUAUAUGGUU